UGUUCUCAGUGGAGCUGCGUACAGUGAACCGACCGCACAGCAAUGCGGACGAAGAAGGGCAAAAACGAGGGGAAUAGUCCGGUUUACUCCAACAACCCGGCGGGUCGGGGCUUUGCGUGGUCGUGAGGCAACACUUAACUGGAAUAUCGCUCUAAAACCGCAAAGAAAACGACAUAAAACUGACUUGGAAGCAGCUCCGGGGCGGAUAUUUUCCCGACAAAACCCUCAGCCACAGUCCCAGCCUCGGUCGUGUGGAAUAGUCGGCUAAAAGAAUGAUUGCUUGAUAUUUUUAUACUAUCUUGUAGCUUUUUUUUUUUUUUCCCUUGCCAGUACCGUUUCCCAUUUUUAUACAGACUCGCUAUGGUGGACUCCCCUACCAUGAAGAAGACUUUUGUGGUCCCAGACAUAAAGCCAUUGGAUCUGUAUGACUGUACUAAAGCAAAAAUAUGCGCAAGUGUCGGAUGGCUUUUGGCGAAGUCCUACGGCAGUGCAGAAAAUGUCCCUGCAGAGCUGCGUGACCCUUUCUACUGUGACCAGUAUGAGCAGGAGCACCUUAAACCACCAGUCACACGCCUCCUGCAGUCCUCAGAGCUCUACUGCCGCACCUACAGCCUAUUACUGGGGGGCAUCGGAGCCGAGGAACAGCCCAAAGACAACGCCACCCUGAUGCAGCUACUCACUCAGAGGGGCAUAGUCUCCAAAGAUCAGGACACACCGGUGACAGAUGCAGACCUCCGACAUAAACCCAUCAAAAUGAGUGCUCACUUGGCAGUGAUCGAUGCCCUAAUGACCGUGGGAGCCAUGGAGACGGUGACUGCGGUGAAGACGUGUGGUUCCACCGAGCUGCUGGGUGGAGCCUCCAGCUGGGAGGAUGCUCUACUUCACUGGGUUAAUAUGUUAAACCAGAAGUUGAAAGAACGUACCGAUGGAGCCCAGAAUGACACUUCUCAGGCCAUAACGGACCCCCAACCUGUUCAGCCCUCUUGUCCUACUCGCUGGUACUGGAAACUUGUUCCUCUCCGUUACAGGAAGGAUAAAAUUCAGUCCAAACAAAAGCCCAUUUUUCCAUCUGUGAAUGAAGUGAAAGACCUCUCCAGUGGUUGUGCUGUUGCUGCAGUCAUACAUUACUAUUGCCCUGGCCUGCUAAGACUUGAAGAUGUUUGCAUGAAGGAGUCCAUGUCUGCAGCAGACAGCCUGUACAACCUGCAGUUCAUCCGUGAGUUCUGUGACAGCUGUCUGAAGAGCUGCUGUCACUUGGCACUAGAGGACAUGCUGUACACACCACAGGAGCUUCAGCUCAACUUGCUGAGCUUCUUAGCAGAGCUGCUGAGCUGGUUUGAAGUACGAAGGCCAGAAUUUGUUCAGCCAAUAGACACGUUGGAUGGAUCCACACCCGUAACACCAAGUGGCUUGAGUGGUAACAGUACCUCCCCAUCUAUCUUCAAGAAGCCUUUCCUUCCCAUUUCUUCUCCUGCUUCAGGAUCUUUGACUCAGUCUACCUCAAUGUCUCAUAUAGAAGGUGUUGGAAAGACAUGGAGCAAGAAACCUCUCAGUCGCCCCUUGUCUGCAGUAUCCUUCAGCAUUCCGUUUGGCCUGGACAGUGAUGUGGACAUUGUGAUGGGCAACCCUGUGAUAACCCGCUCUGUGAGCUCAGACCAACUCAACCCAGCAGGCCAAAAUCUGACCAGGGUGCCCUACACACCUCCUGAAGACCUCAGCCAUUUACUGAGUAAACCCCCUGGCCCCAAUGGUCCACAGAGAGCUUCCUGGUCCACCCAGAGUCCCAGUAUUCCAAGAGUGGCAGAGGAGAACGGCCUUGCAGCAAGUGAAACAGGAGAGCUCCCUACCAUUGAAGAGGCGCUCCAAAUUAUCCACAACGAGAGCAAGAUGGAGCCACGUUUACACCCUGAUGGUGCUCCUGAUGGCUUCUACCUCCACUCUCCUGAUGACCCCGCCAGUUCUAGACACAAUUUACCUAACUUGGCACCCAUCAGCUGCUCUGCCCCUUCACGCUCAGGAAUGAUGUACCGGCCCACAGGAGAGUCCAGAGAGCCCACACGCACCAGAAACGCCUCCGAAUGUUCACGAGAUGAUGACUCAGUUUUGAGAGACGGCAGUGUGGACUCAGAUGCAUCAGAAGACCUACCUAAGGCCCAGUCCACUCCAACCACACCAGCUGCUGGUGCACAUGCUGCUAGAGGCAAUGGCAGAGAGGUGUCUGACAGUGGAGUGAAGAUGACCAGCUUUGCAGAACGCAAAAAGAAGCAGAUUAUGGAUUCCCCCAAAGCCAGCAGCCCCACUUCUCCUCAGAUGACCUCAUGGGCCCAGAAGUCUGAAGAAAGCCCCAGCAAGAGCCCACAACUCAAUAAUGAGAUGUCUGAGCUGGGAGUUCGGCUUGAAGAAAAGCGCAAGGCUAUUGAAGCCCAGAAAAAACGCAUAGAGGCCAUUUUUGCAAAGCACCGGCAAAGAUUGGGGAAGAGUGCCUUUCUGCAGUUAAAGAAGGAGCAGCGGGAUGACGAGGGUGGAGGAGAAGGGGGCGAUGGUCAGGUCAGCACCUCAUCCACAGAAGAAGACCUCUCUCGCUUGACACUGGAAGAAAGGCUUGCUAGAAUGGAGGAGGAAGAGCAGCAGGAACAAGUUGAACAGCACCUCCCAGUGGAGGAUGAGGCUAAUAUCAAAGAAGGACUUCAGCCCAACAAGCAGGUACUGAACUCCAAAGAAAAGGCAGGUAAACCAGGAGGGAAGGGUGCAGGAACACCUGGUGAGAAAAUGGUAGCUCCCCUAGGGGACUAUAACAAUGCUGUAUCUAAGCUGACUGCUGCUCUCAGCUCCCUGCAGAGUGACAUGCAACGACUGACUGAGCAGCAAAACCAGCUAGUCAAGAAGAAAUCUACACCUUCCACCAACAAUACAUGGGUUAUUCCAGCCAGCCCUAAAACCUCCACCCCUGCCCCUGCACGGCUGUCGCGAGAAUCCACCCGAGACUUAAAUUCAGCCUUCUCCUCUCCCUCUCCAUCCCGCAGAAUCCAAAACCACACCACUCCUCCUAAAUCUCCUCAUGUCCAUCGUAGAGCCCAGUCUGCACCCCCUAAAAGCCCUAAACACCACCAACAAAGUCGUACUGUGGACAAUAAAGUCCCCACCCUGUCGAGGGUCAUUGCGCCACCUCAAAACGUGGACCGCAUUCCUCACCUUCGUCGUGUAAAUCCGUGGCAAUCGCAAGUCCAGACAUCGUCCUCCUUCUCCAUUGGUGACUCUGAUAGCUUAGAUGUGUUGCGCUCAUCUGGACCAACUCCUGUCCCCACUCCCACACUGACCCCUGUACCCACUCCUGCCCCGACUCCCCGUCCUCCUGCAGAUGACGCCCUGUCAGAGGUAGGCUCCCUUGACAAUCAUAGUAUAUUUAGCAUGGACCUGGAUGCCGGGCCAUCGCAUGGCCCUUUGAGUAGAAAGGAAGGGCUUGUAGGUGGGGGUUGCAGCUCUGGUGCCCCAUCAGAGUGCUCCUUUGAGAGUGAUGCCCCUGCAGCAAUGAUGAAUGGCAAACGAGGUAGCCUGAUAGAGAUCUCGCUAGCUUCUCUGCGAGGAGAUGGAGACGAGGAUGACCAAGUACCUGAUGCUUUCUCAGACUCCAUGAGUGACCGGACUGAGCCAGAAAUGAAAGGAGGAGUUGGAUUCUUUUUCAAGGAUGAUACUGAGCGACCGGAGGAUGAGAUGGCCCAACGUAGAGCAGCUUUGUUGGAGAAACAGCAGAAGAGAGCAGAAGAAAUGAAAAGACGCAAACUUGAGCAGGAAAAAGAAAAAGAAUCAAACAAGCCUCAGUGGAUGAUCAUCGAGGGCUGGGGUAAUAAGAGUGAGGACAGACCCCAAACCCCAGGCACGCCUCCAGCCUCCCAUACCCCACCCGUAGAGGGGACUCCCCAGCGCAGAGGUGACUUUACUAGGCAGGAGUAUGAGAGGAGACAGCAGCUGAAGAUCAUGGAGGACUUGGACAAGGUGCUGAGGCAGAAACCCACCACGGUCCGAGGUGUCAAGAAGCAGAGACCCAAGACUGUGUUCAGAGAUGACUCGGUCCUCUCUCAUAGCCCUGUCAAGGGUUUCAUGGGCACAAGAUUGAACAAGGUGUACUCCCACUCAACCAUGAACCUGUCCUCUAUGGCUAAUGAUUCUGGAGGCUUGACUGUCAGGAAGUCUCCCAGCCGUUCACACUCUCCCUCCCGGCUAAUGUCACCAAGACGACUGAGUGGUCAGAAUGGAGAGAAGGACUGGGAGAAUGGAUCCACUAUUUCCUCACCUGCCUCAAUCCCAGAAUACACAGGACCAAAGCUGUACAAGGAGCCAAGCUUUAAGUCCAACAAGUUCAUCAUUCAUAAUGCUAUCACUCGCUGCUGCCUGGCUGGCAAGGUCAAUGAACCACAGAAAAACAAGAUUGUAGAGGAAAUGGAGAAGAGCUCGGCCAACCACUUUCUUAUCCUCUUCAGAGAUCACAGCUGCCAGUUCAGAGCUGUUUACACCAUGAACCCUGAAACUGAGGAGAUGGUACGGCUCACUGGCAUUGGCCCACGGAUCAUUGCACCUGAGAUGGUCGAGUCCAUUUACAAGUACAGCUCUGACCGCAAGCAGUUCACUGUCAUCCCGUCCAAAACCAUGUCCAUGAGUGUUGACGCCUUCACCAUCCCCGGUCACUUUUGGCAGAAGCGCCCAGGAACUCCUAAGAAGCUUGGCACCCCCAAAUAAGACAUACCCAGGAUGGGUGUUAAAAUUCAGGGAACUAACUCCCAAUUUGACCCCUAUUGUCCUCUAUUGUGGCCAGUGAGGCACUUGAGUUUGUUUAUUACCCAGUUAGACUAGCAGUGGACAGCAUGACUGAUCAGGCUUUUGGCCAGCUACCAACCUGGACCCCGAGAACAAUCCAGUCGACUCUACUUGCCAAGAGAAAGGGCCAAUCACUCACUCAUUCAGCCAAUGUAGUUACAAUAGUUUCUCUCUUGAGAGCAUCUGAUUGGCUCUGCCUGGUCAACCUAGAUUGUAAAAUGUAAUGCGACUGAUUCUGUUGGGAUGAAGAACUCUCUUUACCUUGCACCCUGCCUCCUCAUGCCUUGCCUUACCCUGCCCCUGGGGUCAUUUUUGCGACUCUUAGGUAAGAAAAAGAGGGACAGCCACACUGCCUUUGCCCACACAACAGUAUUUUGGGCCAGAGUAGUUCCCAUCCCUCUCAUUUCUGCUUGCUUUUCCUUUUGCUGCCUUUUCUUCUUCUUCUUCCAGGGCUCAGUCUCUCUCCAGUCUACUGAGAUAAGUGGCUCGGCUCUCAGUAAUUAUAGGAGAUCUCAGCUGAAAAUUAAUAGCAGGUAACACUGCUCUCAUAUGAAUGUAGGACACACACUAUCCACUCAUUCCAUUCAGGGGUGUUUUCACUGGUUGGUCAUAAUCAGAACAUAGUGCGUGAUUCCUCUGUGGGCUGCACUGGUGGUGGCUACUGUGGUUGCACACCUAGAAACUGCCUGUGCACCCACAGUUCGUGCGUUCCACUCCAUUCCUACUCUCCUUCAGCUGUAGACAUCUGGAUGUUUUUUUUUAUACUAUUUUGACAUGUUUUUGCUGGACAAAUUGCUUCAGCCUUUCUGAGCUGAAAGAAGAAUGAAAUUCAUGUGACUUUUUCCUCUUAACUGGCUUUCUCAUUUUCAACAAUGUGAUGAAUUGAAAUGUUAUCUGAGCUUAUCUUGAAAAACAAUACUGGAAACAUGAAGGAGGGCUUUAUCACAUUUAUCAUUACUUGGAUACAGCUCUGUGUGAAAAUGAUAAUCAAUGCUGAUUUAAUAUAUACUGAAUGCUGAUUACUUUGAUUUUUUUUUUUUUGACAAUGAUUUGUAAAAAGUAAGUUGACCUUUGUAAGCUACGAAUAAGCUAGCCUGCUGCUUAAGCAUUAGUGACAAGUAUGUGUGGGAUGAGAAUGAGUGAAUGAGAAUGAAAAGAAAUUGUCAAACAGCUGAAAAUUGCUGAAACCUUUUGUCGAGGGAUUAAUAAAUCCUUUAGGUCACUAGGAGUCUGUUUCGUAUAUGUUUCCCUGUUUGUGUGCCCUGGCAUAGAAACAGUUUCUCAAUGAAGUAUCAUUCCGGACUGUAGCAGCCCUCAUCUUCCCCACACAGUCUCUAGAGACUCCUUCAUGCAUAUCUGGGGGAAUGUAAAACUCUGAGCUGUUCUUUUUUUCCAGUGUGUCCACACUAUUAGCUGAAACACUUGACCCUGCAAUUGCUUGUGAUCAGGCCAAUAUCGCCACUAAAUCUGUGUGAAAUUGUCCUACUUCCAUUCCUUUGCAGUCUUUAGCACUACAGCAGCCGCCGUGGCGCAGCUGUCUUCUCUCAAUUCACUGACUGCCUCCAACAAAUGUGUUGUUUGAAUGAGAUUUAAAACAGAUGUACAAAAAAAUGUCAAGCAGACUUUAGGAAUAAUAGUAUGAUGAUUGAUUAAGUGUGAGUGGAGGAGUGCAUAUGAAAAGUGGAUGUUUGUAUUUAUGUCUUUGUAAGAAGAGUAGUAUGUGGUAGUAGAACACUAUAUUUUGAUUCUGUGCAAUUCUUCCCUAGAAUCCCCCCACGUCACCCAGAGGUGUAUUUAUUUGGUUUGCAUUAGAUGGUGCAUUUGAUGUUUAGGUUCUACAUAUGUUUCUUUUGGUUAAGGUGGUAAAUCAUUCAUUCAUUUCAUUUAAGUUGUCAUAACAUUUAUGUUGUUUUCUUUCUUUUCUGUUAUCAAAUCUGUGCCAGCACAUUAUGUAUGUUCAUUUCAUAAACUGACUUUCCUUGGCAACUGGACCAGAAAAAUAAAAAUCCUUUUUAAAUCAUCA